AUGUUCAGUCGAUUUGGCGAGAUGGACGAUCUAUAUUUGCCUUUGGGCCAUCCCGCCUCAUCGACCGGGCCCCGGUACUCUGAUGCCGGGAGCCAGGGCUUGGACACAUCCUUCUCUUUCAUGGAUCCUCAGAUGGUUUCCGAAGAUCCAGCUGCAAUGGACGGCUUCCGGACGGCCCACGAUGACCUCUGUCUCGAUAGGCCCGACUGUCUGACACUUGGGGUCUACAACACUCCAGAUGUCUUCCACAGAAACCCCCCAUCUCACAUGGCAUUCCGUGCUCGACACAGCCUGCCCAUUGCACCUGCUGGCCACAACAUUCCUCAGACCAUGUACCAACCCGACAUGUUCGGCAACGUCUCAUACGCCGACAUCCAGCAGAUGCAGACCCCGAACUCACUCCAGAAUGCUGCUGGAGCGUUCGCCAAUCCCUUCGAAACGUUCUCUCAAGUUGAAUCCCAUGGCAUGCCCUGGAUUUCUCACUACAUGGCGCGGGCCAAGAUUUUUUCACCGACGAUGAUGCGUGGCUAA